AUGGUGGAAGGAAAUGAGACAUUAACAACAGAUUUUAUUCUCCUUGGACUCUUCCCCAAUAUGAAGUAUGUCAGUGUCCUUAUCUGUGUCAUCAUCCUGAUCUACAUUGCUGCAGUCACUGGGAACUUCAUCUUGCUCCUCCUGAUAUGGAUGGACUCACGGCUUCACACUCCAAUGUACUUUCUGCUCAGCCAGCUUUCUGUCAUAGACCUGGCCCUCAUCAGCAGCACUGUUCCAAAGAUGGCCAUCAACUUUUUCUCUGGAAAGAAGAACAUCACACGUCUUGACUGUGGAACCCAGAUAUUUUUCUUUUUUACUCUUGGGGGUGCUGAAUGUAUACUCUUAACCCUCAUGGCCUAUGACCGUUAUGUAGCUGUCUGCAACCCCCUAAGAUAUGCAGUCAUUAUGAACCAGGAAGUCUGUCUAAAAAUGGCAGUCAUGUCCUGGGUUGGGGGUGUUUUAGCUUCUACAACCCAUACAUCCUAUACCAUGAAUCUUCCUAUCUGUGGCUCUAGAAAAAUCCACCAUUUCUUUUGUGAGAUGCCAGCAAUCAUGAAGAUCUCAUGCAAAGACACUUCCACCUAUGAGCUGGUGGUCUUUGUGAUGGGUAUUGCAUUCAUCAUCAUCCCCUUUGGACUUAUUAUGUCUUCUUACAUCCUCAUUUUUCUUACUGUCCUUCAUAUGAAAUCUCCCCAGGGCAGAAACAAAGCCUUGGCCACCUGUUCCUCCCAUCUUGCUGUGGUGAGUUUUUAUCUGGGACCAUGUGUUUUUAUGUAUAUGACCCCAGGUUCCUCCCACACCCCUGACCAGGAACAGGCUGUUUCUGUAUUUUGCACUGUCCUCACACCCAUGCUCAACCCCCUCAUCUACAGUCUGAGAAACAAGGAUGUGGUGGGAGCUCUUCAGAAGGUACUGGGAAAACAUCUCGUUUUUAAGCAAAACUCAAAAACAUCAAACUAG